CGAAUAGGGAGCAUUUAUAGUCCAGUUCUCGGUUUUAAAACAAGUUAAUAAUUUUAAGUGAAAUAUAUUCUGUAAAAUAACAAUGAAAUUAAUAAACAUUUUAACGAGUUUUAUUGUUAUUAUUUUAUUAUUAUUUUUAAACUCGUCAACAUGUAAUUACGGAGUAAUUGCAUUCAAUAGUCACCGUAGUAAAUUACAACUCGAUGAGCAACUUCGUAAAUCAGUACCGCCAAAAGUACACUACUCUGGGAAGAAUUAUGAUUCAAGUUAUAAUAGCGACGAAAUAUUCAAGAGGGUCAAUGAAUGGAGUACUGAUGACAUAGAAAAUGUCUGGGAAUUAAGUGGCCUAUUUGAAGGUGAUAUAAUGCCCAAUAGUGACUCGAAAAUAAGAAAUGGCCUUGUCGAUGAAGCUAUGCGAUGGCCUAACGGUAGCAUUCCUGUUUAUAUCGACAGAGAUGAUUUUGAUGAAGAUGAUGUCGAGAGCAUAAUGGGGGCCAUAGAUGAGUUUCACGAAAAAACAUGUCUUGUUUUUCAUCCGUAUGAUAAUAAAACAGACAAGAAUUACGUAAUAUUUCGAGGAAAUCAAGCCGGUUGUUGGUCUUCAGUGGGCAAACAGAACAAAGGCCAAGUUAUAAAUUUACAAAAUCCCGGUUGCCUUAGUCACGGAACUAUUGUGCAUGAAAUAUUACACGCUGUUGGUUUUUAUCAUCAACAGAGUACCUACGAUCGCGACGAGUUUGUUAAAAUAAACUGGGAAAAUAUAAAACCAGGGACGGAACAUAAUUUCAAUAAAUAUGACAACCGUACGGUUACUAAUUAUAAAACCGAGUACGAUUACAACAGUGUAAUGCACUACAGUAAAAAAGCAUUCUCGCAAAAUGGCAAUGAAACAAUUACGCCUCUCAAACCGGGAGUUGAAAUUGGGCAGCGCAAGUCCAUGAGCAAAAAAGAUAUCUUCAAAGUUCGUAUGAUGUACAAAGAUCACUGCAAAGGAAGAAAACCUCAAGGAGUAAUUGCUUCCGUUCCACUCCGAAUAACAUCUUUACUCUCCUAAUUUAUUAUUAUUUUAUUUAUAUAAUUAAUUAAAUUAAAUUAAAUUAUUUAUUAUUAUUAUCAUCAUUAAAAAUAUCUUCAUUUUUAAUACCGAGUCAAAAGUAAGUGCGUGUACUCGAUAUUACUUACUUUCUUAUUAUUCAACAACAUAUUUGUCUGUAUCAGGUUAUCACUUUUGUGUUGACGCACAUGUUUAUAUACACUAUCCAUAUUUAACAUUAUUGUUAAUUACAAUUUACACAAUAAUCGUGACGACACGUUCUGUCUAGAUAUGUACUAUCUAUAAAUUGUUUAAAUGUUAAAACAAUUGUAUUUGUAGUUAACAAAAAAUCAUUUUUAAAAAUAAAAUAAAAAAAUGAUAC